AUGGAAGAGCCGGCACCAGUGGAAGGUGAGAGUCAGCUCCCAAGUACUCACACCAGCUCUCUGAGGAAGGUUAUGGCUGCUGCCUUGGCCCUGGAUGGAGAGUCUACCAUGAGUCGCAGGAAAAAGAAGAAGAAAGAGUCCCGCCCAGAAUCUAUCAUCAUCUACCGGUCAGAUACUGAGACAGCGGAUGAAGAGCCAGAGGAAUUGGAGGGUGGAGAGUUACCUAAAGAAGAGGGAGAGGAUUUCCUAGAUCACCCCGUGGAUGAUGGUAGGUGGAACAUGCCUUUGGACAGUCGCUAUGUCACAUUAACUGGGACCAUCACACGAGGGAAGAAAAAGGGACAGCUGGUGGAUAUCCAUGUCACAUUAACAGAGAAGGAGCUGCAGGAAUUGACCAAGCCUAAAGAAUCGUCAAGGGAAACACCACCUGCGGGAGGAAACGUCUGUCAGAUGGGUGCAGAUCGUGGGCCACAUGUGGUUCUUUGGACUCUGGUCUGCCUGCCUGUGGUUUUUGUCCUCUCUUUUGUUGUUUCUUUCUACUAUGGUACCAUCACUUGGUAUAACAUCUUCCUUGUGUACAAUGAGGAGAGGACCUUUUGGCACAAGAUUUCAUAUUGCCCCUGCCUCGUUCUCUUCUAUCCAGUGCUCAUCAUGGCUAUGGCCUCUUCCCUGGGCCUCUAUGCUGCUGUGGUACAGCUCUCCUGGUCCUGGGGCGCAUGGUGGCAAGCUGCUCGGGACAUGGAGAAAGGAUUCUGUGGUUGGCUCUGCAGUAAACUGGGCCUAGAGGACUGCUCUCCCUACAGCAUUGUGGAGCUGCUUGAGUCUGACAAUAUUUCAGGCAAUCUCUCCAACAAGGACCCUACCCAAGAGGUAGAAACCUCUACUGUCUAA